AUGCCCACCGCACUCGGCCUCACCAACGACAAGAAAAAAACCGUCCCCGGCGAAGGCCCGCACGUCUCCUCCUCAACCACCAUGGGUUCCAACACCCGUCUCGAUACCAUCUCCAAGCGCAACCACGCCGCCGCGCGCGAGAUGGAGACCCUCCUCUGGCGCGCCCUCUGCGACGACCCGGAGUCGCUCAAGGAGUACAUCGCGCACGACUGCGUCAUGAUCAACCCUCUCCUCGCCCCGCGCAACUCGUGCGAGCCCCUGAGCAAGGACACCGAGCCCAACGUUGUCGACGUGUUGCAGGCCGGCGCCGGUCGCAAGUUCCAUGGGUUCCGUAUCCAUGGGGACCCGUUGGUUGUCGAGGUCGAUUUGAUGGCUGUAGCGUUGGUGUAUAAGAUUAGUCUGUUCCGGCAUGGGCGGAAGGGUACACGGGAGAUUGUGGCGACGGCGGGGAGCACGUGGAGGCAGACUGCGGGGGCGGAUUGGUUGUUGGUGCAGUUCCAUGUGCAGUAUGCGGAUGAGGAUGAGGAGGAGGACGAAGAAGAGUAA